GGCUGCACAUAAUUGUGUAAUUGUGUUCUUGAGUAAUUUUAUGGUUACUCUAAGAACACAGGCUUCCUUUAUUUUCUGGAUUUAAUCAGAGCUCUAGAUCUCACGGGGAACUUCUCUUUUCUCUUCUCUCGCUCUUUCUCUCCCCUUGAUAAUUUCCCCACUGCUUCAUUUUCUGUGGAACAUUCUGAAUCCAAACUAUUCUCUCCAUCAAGCAUUCAAGAUCGAAUCCACACACACACACAAGUCAAGCCAUGGCCAAGAGCAUGUGAAGAGCUUUCAGCUGGCUGCGAGUGAGAUCAAGGCUGAAGACUUUUGCCUUUUAUAGCUGGAGAGAGGAGUCUGGACAAAGUAAACAAUAUGGAUAUUUCCUUGCCAGAUCAUCCUUGUCUCUGUGAUUUGCUCUGCCAGUUUGUCGGGAUGGGCUAAAAAAAACCAAUUGAAGCUGAGCACCAUACCCCUGGACACCUCCAGCGUCUCACCUGUGCACAGGUGGUGAGAUUUGGCACCAUGCAGGGACCUCGGAGGAAGGUGAAGGUCAUGUUUAUGAUGACUAUGGUGUUUAUCUUCAUAGUGGUGGAGGUCUCCCGUAAUGCUGGGAAGGGCAGUCGCAACAAAAAUAAAAAUCUGGUUCCCUUGAAGCGUUUUUGGGCAAAAGAUCUUCCGAAUAACGCCUACUGGAAUCGCCAGCAGCAACAGCUGAACUACAUCAACAACCCCAACCUAGAAAAACUCAACUUCACGAUUGAUAAACUUCCAGACUGGCUAAACGACACGGUCAGUCUUGAUUCCUGUGACCCAGACUUCAGGGUGACCACCCAAGUCAAGGAUUUCAACUCCUUACCGGACCGCUUCAAGGACUUCCUGCUUUAUAUGCGAUGCAGGUCCUAUCCCAUCGUGGUGGACCAGCCAAACAUAUGCAAAGACCAACCAUUCCUCCUCCUAGCUAUUAAAUCUUUAGUCCCGCACUUUGAUCGACGUCAAGCUAUUCGCGAGUCGUGGGGCAAAGCUGGCCGCCUUGCAAACAGAACGGUCGUCACGGUGUUUCUUCUUGGAAACGCAGCCAUGGAAGACUAUUUCCCUGAUCUCUCAGAUAUGCUCCACCAUGAGAGCUCAAUGCAUCGAGAUAUCCUUCAGUGGGACUUUAGGGACACCUUCUUCAACCUCACUAUCAAGGACGUGCUUUUCCUGGAAUGGCUGAGCACCCGCUGUCCUGGAGCCAGUUACAUUUUCAAGGGGGAUGAUGACGUUUUUGUUAACACCAUCCGCAUUAUAGACUUCCUAAGCAGUCUUUCUCAAGCCAAAGCCAAAGAACUGUUUGUAGGGGAUGUGAUUACUAAUGCUGGUCCACACAGAGACAAAAAGGUCAAGUAUUUUAUCCCAGAGAGCGUGUUCGUUGGAGCGUACCCUGCGUAUGCAGGCGGGGGCGGUUAUUUGUUCUCGGGACAGCUGAUCCAGAAACUUCAUAACGUCUCGAGGUCUGUGCCCCUCUACCCUAUUGAUGAUGUCUACACGGGUAUGUGCCUCAGGAAACUGGGUCUUGCACCUGAGAAGCACAAAGGCUUCAGGACCUUUGAUAUCGAGGAGAAAUAUCGCGAUAAUGCCUGUGCCUAUAAAAGCCUGAUGCUGGUCCAUCCCAGAAGUCCUCAAUAUAUGAUCAAAAUCUGGGCCUGGCUGAAUGACCCAGCCUUGAACUGUCACUGAACUACUGCUCUAGGGUUUGGCUGCUUUAAAGGGACAGUUCACCCUAUGAUUAUAAUUCUAUCAUCAUUUACUCACUUCCAUGAUGUUCCAAACCUGUAAGACUGACUUAAUUUCUUUUUAUGGACCAAAAAGCGGAUUGUUUUUCAGUGAAAGUCAAUGGGAUCAAAAAACUUUCAGAAUAUCUUCUUUUGUCUUCUGCAGAAUAAAGACAGAGUUUGGAACAACAUGAGGGUGAGUAAAUGAUAGCAGAAUUGUCAUUUGGGGAAUUAUCCCUUUUAAUGUUUUACCGUGUUGUUCUAUUUUGAUUUAUUAUUAGCAUCUUUUCGUGUAAAUAAUCUGGAGCAAUGAUGAGCUCUUUAAAUUUCAAAUGUGCUAUCCAGUUCUAAAGUGGCUCUGAAUUGCUACCUAUACAGUAUUUCAAUGGCUUGACUUUGUGUCAUAUUCUGUUAAUUAUGUUACAAGUAUUUAUACACUGCCUUCUGGUUGUGAGGUCAGAGGUGCUGAGGAUUGUGGGAAAUGUAGUUCAGCUGGUCUGAACAUGACCACAGAAUACACCGCUCACCAGAGCACAAAUAUCUGUUAGUCAUUUUAAUACGAUUUUUUUUUGCCGAUGGGAGAAUUGUUGUAUCGUGUAAAAUUGAACUGACAUGUUUAAAGAUCAUACCUUUUAACAAACAUUUUUUAAAGUUUCUAUGUGGCCGUCACAAGCAUAAUCUCACUGUCCAUACUUGCCGCUUUAUUCAAACAGCCUGAUAAUUGAAACGUGUGCUUGUGUGUGUUUAGAUUUAUGAAAAGUUGGCUCAUUUUUAGAGCACUGGGUGUGGGGGACAACAGUUUCAGAUCUUAAUUGAAUAUAGGUUGUCUACUCAAACCUCUACAUAUGUGCUUUUGACUCUACUGCACUGCUGUCUCUCUUUCUUCUAAACUGAUUCUCAUGCAGAAACAGACAAUCAAUUGCUAGUCUCAAUCAUAAUUUUGUAUAAAAAACCAAACCUGACCAUUUCAUCAAAGAAAUGUGUAACAUUUUUUCACUCCUCUGCUGGAAAAAGCAGACUAAAAGCCUCUUUCCCUCUUUGAUCUGAUUCGAAGACUUCUCAGGGUGUUUUGGUCAACAAAUCAUUUGAAAUCAAGGCAUCUCACAUUUUACCUCUUUGACUAAAUGAAUGAAACUUUGCAGCCAAUUUUCCAGCCCCAGAUUAAGCCUGUUGCUGUUGUUCAUGCUGUUUUUGUAUUUUCCUUGCCAUGAAGAGGCCAGGAAAUGGUCUCAGCUGGAUGACUUAAUUAUAGUACUGAAUUUGAUGCAGCAGCCCCCAACUCUUUUACAGUGACACCUGCUGGUCUGCACAUGUAUCUUUUUUUUUUAUUUUAUGAACACUGGACAUUUUCCAUAACCUGCUUUCAUCUUGAUAUAAUAUUUAAAUGCAUGUGGCCUUCCAGUCAACUAGUUCACUUAUUUUCUGUUUUUUUUUUUUUUUUAAGAGGCAUAAGCAUUGUAAUCUGUGCUGACUUGUCCGUUUUUUUUUUUUUUUUUUUUUUUUUGACUUGUCCGGUCUAUAAGCCUGUAAGUCUUCAGUCGGCCUCAUUGGUUGUUUGCUGAGGACUUAAAUCAAUUUUGUGUCAUAUUUGUCUCGUUUAAUAUUAAGUUGACCAACCAGCUAUGAGGAACGAGGGCCAGAGGAUAUGUGUUUUGUUGUCUCUCUCUGCUGUUAGCAAGGCAAGCACACAGUUGAACAGCCUGAUCUUGUGUUUGGUGAGAAAACAAAAGUGUUUACAUGUGUUUAUGAACAGUACAAAAAGCUUGUAUUUACUAUUUUAUUGGUCGCAGAGGUAGAUUAUACAAGUUUUAUACACUGGUAUUUACUGUACUCUUGUGAGUUCUCAAACUCCACAGGCUGUUGUCGUAUGAUUGAUGUUUUUUUGUAUCAGUGCAACUUUGCAGAAUGAACUCUUGUUCUUGCCUUAUGCUAUUUGUGUACCAGAAGAUCUUUUGGUUUAUUUUGGCAAUGCCUUAAUGAUGAUUUGGUCUUUAUGUAAAUAGAUAUUUGGAUGUUGAAAUGAAAAUAUGUUGGGUAAAAUGUGGCUUUAGUGUUGUAUGUGUAUUUAUGCAAAUUUAAUGUAGGUUUUUGUAUAUACAGGCUCAGGAGUAUGAUCAUGAUAAAGUCAUUAGUUUUUUUUUUUUUUUAAUCAAUUCCGUUUGUAAUUUUGGAUUUGUUCAUUUAUUCAGUCAUGUCUAUGCGAAAUUUUCCGAAACUGUAAUGGCUUUCAGGUAUUUCACAUCACCUUUUUUCAUUCAAACUUCUUUUUUGCCAUAUAUUUAUAUGCUGAUUAUUUUCUAUUUUUAUUUAUAUGUUUGUAUAUCACUAUGCCACUUACCAAAAACACAUUGUCAACCAUGCAAAUAUUGCUACCAAAAUGUGCCUGUUAAUAAUUCUGAUCAAUAAUGUGUCUGACAGUCUGUUGUAAUUGAAUAUGCACAUUUGUGUUUGUCACGUCUCUGUCUACUUUUUUUGAUUCAAACUUUAUAAUAAAUGGAAUAAAUGGA